AUGGUCGCAGCAGCAAACGGCACAUCCCCAUCCAACGGUCUCUCAGACCAAACCAUCAUGAGCACACUCCCCAGCCCCAACCACAACUGGACCGUAUCUCUAAAAGACAAAGUCAUCGCAAUCACCGGCGCAAACCAAGGCAUCGGCCUAGGAAUAGCAGAAGUCUGCCUCGCCAACAACGCCGCCUGCGUCUUCAGUCUCGACAUUUCAGAGCCAGCAGAGCAUUUCGCCGCCCUGGCAAAGCGAUUCCCAGGCAAAUUAGAGUUCCAGCACUGCGAUGUAACCAACGAAGAGAGCGUCGCCGCAGCUCUAGAUGCCAUCGUUGCCAAGAAGCACCGCUUCGAUGGCAUGAUCGCCAACGCCGGUGCCACUAAGCAUCAGCCUGCGCUGGACUUUUCCAUGGACCAGGUGAAGCGGCUGUUUGAGUUGAAUGUGUAUGGGGCGUGGAACUGCGCAACCGCUGCGGCUAGGACGUUCAUCAGGCUAGGGUGUAAAGGGAGCAUCGUGUUCACAGCUAGCAUGACGUCGUAUCGACCUAAUAGAGCAGCCCCAUCAGCACCAUAUGGUGCUACAAAGGGAGCGGUGCGAAACAUGACGCAUACUCUUGCCAUGGAGUGGGCGCAGUAUGGUAUUCGCGUUAAUAGCAUCUCGCCUGGAUUUGUGAAGACGGCUUUGACGUAUUACGUUGAGACUGCGCCGGACUGGGAUACCAAGAUGAAGUACUAUGGGGGCAUGCCGCGAUUGGCUCUGCCUCAAGAACUUGGUGGUGCGUAUGUGUACUUGCUGAGUGAAACGUCGACAUAUACCACGGGGAUAGAUAUUCCAAUUGCCGGUAUUGUCGGAGCGUGGUAA